GCUGUGAUUUUAAAUGUUGCUAGCUUCACUGAAGUUAUUCCUCAAAUUUAGAACGUGUAAUUUUAAGGUUAACAAAACCUAAGAACAAAACAUACUUAAAUGAAAAUUGUUGUUGGUUGUUGUUUUUAGCAAGAACUUUUAGUUUUCAUAAAAGAAACAAUGGCUCGUCGUGGUAAAGUAAAAUACAAAGAUGUUGUUAAGAAACCCAAUGGCAUGCAACAUAAGAAAGGCAAAAUGAAAAAAAAUAUUAAACCCAGGAAGACUUAUAGUUUAUACGGAACUAAGAAUAAUAGUAUAAAAAGAAAGUUUUGGGAUGACAAAAAUGUAUAUGAACCUUCUCCCAAGGAACAAAAAGUUGAACAAAAGCAGCAGGAUGUUGAAGAAGAUUUAUCAUCUGAAGAAGAGCCUGCUGAUUUAGACAAUCUGUUAAGUACAUUUUCUAAUCAAUUAUCGGGAAAAAAUUCUUUAGCAAUUGACAGUAGUGAGAGUGAAGAUGAAGAAUCUGAAGAAGAAGAUGUGAAUGAAAGCAGGGAUGAUAAAGAACUUGAUCAAGAAUUAGAAAAUAUUGAAGAUAAUGAAGAAGUCGAAGAUAGUGAUGAGGAUGAGUUGUCAAGUUCUGAAGAUGAUGAAACAGCCAAUAUUGAAGUAAGUGGUGAUUCAGUUAGAGUUAAUGAUAGAAAAGAUAUAGGUGAAGGUGAUCAGAAAAAUGGAGAAAAAUUGGAUAGUGAUGAUGAAGAAAGUAUUUGUUCGUUAGAUAUUGACAAGGAAGAUGAGCCUGUUAAUGAUAAAGAAGAUAAUUUUAAUCAGCAUGUUUUAUAUGAAUUACAUGAUACUAUGUUAGAUUCUCUUCAAAGUAGUCCUGUUACAAACAACACACUCCAGAAAUCAUGGCCAGUUUUAGGUAAAUUAUCAAUUCAAAUUCCGAAGUGUGACGUAUCUGAUGAUGACGAAAAUAAAUUUACUAUAUCUGAAAAAAAGAUAUAUGCACCACAAGGUACUGUACCAACAAGAUUAACACAUUAUAAUAUAGAUAAAUUAUAUAUCAAACCGCAGAUUGUUAAGAAUCUUCGAAAAGUAAAUAAAAAGGUAUCAAAUUCAGAAACUUUUACUCCACUACAAGAAGAAAUAUUGUCUAUUAUUAAUAACUAUCAAGAUUUUUAUUAUCCUGGUAGAACAUUCAAUAAUUCAGAAGAAAUAAGAUUUAUUUACUGUGUUCAUGCUGUAAACCAUAUUUUAAAAACAAGACUUAAAAUCAUUCAUCAUAAUGCUAGGUUAACAAAAAAAGAUGAUGUACCGGAAGAAUUCAGGGACCAAGGGUUAGUUCGGCCAAAGGUUCUAUUCGUCUUACCCUUUAAAGAUUCUGCCUACAAAACUAUCCAAUUGAUAAUAGAUCUAAUACUUCCAGAAAAUAAAGGUAAUGUUAUGAAUAAGAACAGAUUUAUAGAAGAUUAUACUGGAAACGAAUUAUAUUUACCAAAGAAAAAUCCAAAACCCGAAGAUUAUGAGCAGCUUUUCCAAGGCAAUACCAGUGAUGAUUUUAAAAUUGGUAUUACAGUUACAAAAAAAAGUCUAAAGCUAUAUGCUGAUUUCUAUUCAUCUGACAUUAUAAUAGCUUCACCCCUAGGGUUAAGAACAAUCAUUGGAGCGGAAGGGGAAGCUGAACGCGAUUAUGAUUUUCUUGCUUCAAUCGAAUUGCUAAUAAUGGACCAGGCAGAUAUAUUUCUUAUGCAGAAUUGGGACCAUGUUAUGCACGUUUUAAGCCACUUACAUAUGCAACCUAAAGAUUCACACGGAACUGACUUUUCCAGAGUUAGAACCUGGAGUUUAAACGGUUGGGCGAAAUAUUAUAGACAGACUCUCAUAUUUUCCUCAAAUAAUUUACCAGAAAUUAACGCAGUCUUUAACAAAAAAUGUCACAAUUUUGCCGGAAAAGUUAAAGUAGUUAAUCCUAUCGAAUUCGGUUGUAUAAGCCAAGUGGUUGUGCAGAUUCCACAUGUGUUCCAUAGGUUCGAUUGUAAAAAUGCAGCAGAUGCUAUCGAUGCGAGGUUUGAGUUUUUUAUAAAUAAAAUUUUACCCCAGCAAAGGGAGACUUUGAUGAAGCAUACUUUAAUAUUUAUUCCAAGUUAUUUUGAUUUUGUUAGAGUGAGAAAUUAUUUUAAGAAAGAAGAUAUUGGAUUUGUACAAAUUUGUGAAUAUUCUAAGGACGGAAAAGUGGCCAGAGCGAGAGAUAUGUUCUUCCACGGUGAUGCACACUUUCUUUUAUACACGGAGAGAUUCCACUUUUUCCAUCGGAGAAGAAUUAAAGGAAUAAGGCAUAUAGUCUUCUAUCAACCACCAACAUUCCCAAAUUUUUAUUACGAAAUGUGCAAUUUAAUGCAAGAAAAUAAUCUAAACAAGAAGUCUGGUGGAGUAUCAAACAUGACAGUUUCUGUUAUGUAUUCUAAGUAUGAUAUAUACCAGCUUUCGGCAAUUGUGGGAACAGAAAAAAGUGCAAAAAUGAUACAGUCAGACAGAAAGGUUCAUAUGAUGGUAACAGGAAGUGAUUAAAAUUGGAAAUACGGUAUUCGCCAAAGUAAACACAGUAAACAGCAUCGAAAUUUAAACGGCUGUGAAAUUGCGCACGCAAUACGUAUUUAUUUUAUUCGGCUUAUGUGUCAUUAACUGUCAUAUUAACAGUGCUCUAUUAUUAAAAUCGUUAUGAAAAUGGUUUUCACAACUGAGGAGAAAGUGUUUAUAGUAGAGUAUUAUUUCCGCUCAUACGGCAAAAUGUAAAAUGUUAUAGUCUAAGAUACGAUAUCAAGGGCGGAUCCAGAACCGAUUUUCGGGAGGGGCCAUGAACUUUUUUUGGGGAGGGGUAAAGGGGGGUCUGGGGGUAAUUUUUCAAAAUUAGGGUUAUAAUGGCGAGUUUUAAGGCACUUUUCACACACUUUUGAAUGCCAUAAAGACAUUCAAAACUUAUCGGCGGUCGUUUCGUCAAAUAAGGCAGAGUAAUACUUUGCACUUUGAACCUGAUUCAUUAUUUGUUCAAUUAUUUCUUCACCACUACAUGUUAUCAAUUGAUUUUAACUGGGGCUACUAAUGUAUGUUGUUCGGGAAGAUGCUGUGGAUAGGUGUUGUUUAAGAGUCUUAUCUCCUGAUGCGAUUUUAAACCUUAACAAUUCCCCUCAUUGCUAGGUCCAGCAUCUUCUUCCAGAAGCAGAAGGCCAUUAUCACAGUGGCCUCUUAGAGGAAUAUUUUGUCGACCUAAGAACAUUAUAGACUCUACUAUUGGUCGUAGUCUUUCUCUAUUUUCUUGUAUCUGUUUAGACCUCUCCAUGAUUGUCUUUUAAUGACUGACUUUUGCGGGUUGCGAUAACUUUGUAGAAAAUCCAGCCCAACCUGAGCUCACUCCUUGUGGUAUGAUGUUCUCAUGGGUUUGUAUAGCUCCAUCUUUGCCCAUGAGUUUGGCGAAAGAUGUGCGAAAGUACCAACCAACUUCUUUGUUCUAAAUGCUGAUGACCCAAGUAACGCCUCAUUUUUUUAUUCUUUGUGUGUACAGAAUAUAGAAAUUGAUACGAUUUUGAUGGGUGUCAAGGUCGUUCUAACAAUUGGCACUUUGUAAAAUUAUUAUUAUUAUUUUGAUUUACAAAACAUCCUAUAUCAUUCUUGAAGCUUCCGUUACUGCGUUUCGUCAAUCCUAAUCCAGAAGUGGUAUGUAUAUUUACGUUUUGUACAUCUUGUGUUUGAAUUUAUAUUUUUUUAAAUUCUCGGGAGUGGGCCAUGGCCCUCGGCCUGGAUCCGCCCUUGUACGAUAUAAUUUCGAUUUGCACCGAUCUGGUUAUUGAAUAUGUAAUUUAGCAUGUUAAAAAUUACAAAAAACAAGGGUUGCCCGAUCUAAUCUUGUUCUAACUAUAAUUAAUUAAUAAUUAAAUAAUUACAUUUUUUAUGAAUUAAAAAAAUCGACCUGGGCAGACAUUAUUUCAGAUUUUCUAGGUCAUUCUAAACAAAAAAGGUUGUUUUUUAAUUUUUCUCUAAAGUUGAUCGUUUUCUAGUCAUAAACAAUUUAAAACUGAAAAAAGAGCGAAAGAUGACGAUUUUCAAGGCUCAAAAACAUAAGUAUACAAUAUCAUUUUUGAAAUUACGAAGUACCUAAGUUCAAGUUCAAACCUUAAUCUAUUAAUUCUUGAUAAACCUUUUAAACUUAUUUUAUUCUGAAACAUUGUUUUUAGUUGUUAAUGCCCGUCUGCCCAUAAGAAACCUUCCUCAGUAACAAUUAAAAAAAUAUGUUUUAUAAUAAGACAUGGCCAAAAUUCUUAUCGGGACCUGAUAGAAAAAGGUUUGAACUUGAAUUUAUAUACUUGAUGAUUACAAAAAUCAUAUUUUUUACUUGUGUUUUUGAUCCUUGAAAAUUGUCAUCUUUCGUUCUUUUUUCAGUUUUAAAUUGUUUAUAACUCGAAAACGGUGAACUUUAGAGAAAAAUUACAAGACCUUUUUUGUUUAUAAAAUGAUCCAAAAAAUCUGAAAUAAUAUCUGCCCGGGUCGAAUUUUUUUUUAAAUUCAUAAAAAAUGUCAUUGUUUAAUUAUUAUUAAUUAAAUAUAGUUAGAACAAGAUUAGAUCGACUAACCCUUGUUUUUUGUAAUUGCUAAUAUUCUAAAUUACAUAUCCAAUAAUUUUUAUCCUUAAACAGAUCUGUGCAAAUCGACCUUAUAUCGGAUCCUCUACUAUUAGCAAUCGUUGAGAAAUUUCGUAACACUGGUAGUACAUUGUGUCAGUACAAGGGCUCUUCUGGUCGCCUAAAACAGUUCUUACCAUCAAUAGGGCUUUUUAUUCACAGUCAUUUGUUUCGAGCUUCUGUCGUGUGUCACAUAAUAUUAAUAUAUCUACGUCAUACGUUAUUGGUAUAUAUCAUAUACAAACCAAAGACGUAUGACGUAGAUAUAUUAAUAUUAUGUGACACAUGACAGAAGCUCGAAACAAAUGACAAUCGAUGAAAAGCCCUAUACUCAACUACGUAUUUUCAUAUAAUUUUAGCGAAAUAUCACACGUCGACUAUUCAAAUUGGACAUAGACUAAACCAUGCAAACAAACGUGCAACAGAAGUGUACUGCGAACGAGUGUCGAGUCUAGUGUACGAAGAUCCCGAUUUCUUAAGAAAUUUUUGGUUUUCGGACGAAACACUCACCUUAACGGUUAUAUCAUUGGACAAACAACUCGAUUUCGUGGAUUUGAAUGCAAAAUUUCAUUGUAGAGCAACCACUCCACAGUGAACGAAUAACAUUUUGAAAACAGAAUAAUUUUUCGUGGAACAGACUUUGAGUGCCCACUCACCUGUAUAGCUCACUCACCUGAUGUAUACAUUUAAGGCAUGCUGAAGGAAUCAGUAUUUAAUUCAGAACUUCUGCUCGCAGAUAUUGGUGGAUUACAACAAAAGAUAGUAACCUGUUUUAAAAACUGCAGCAACAACUCUUGAUAAGUAUGUUAAUCUGCAAAAUCUUUAUUACUCAUUUUUGCGCCUCAAUGUUGCACAUUUUUAACAUGUAAAUUAAGCAAAUUAGAGGCCAGAGUAUCUCAGAUGGUAGGAUUCCAUGCAGAUAAGCCGGGGUUCGAAUACCGGCGAGAACAGCUAGCCAUUUUUAAAAAAUGUCUAUUUAAAAUAAUCGUUUCGUUUUGAUUCGAUUCGAGUCUCUUGCCAUCCCCCGACACCUGUUGUUUCGGAAUCUACCUGUCAAAGAGGCUUUACAAGAAGACUGAAUUGCACCAUAACGGAACGAAAAAUAACUGCAGAUAUUAAAAUAUUUGCAGCGGAGUGUGGUUAGACUGUCCUCUAACGGAGAAUUACGAAAUGAGUGAAAAUAAUUUUGUUUUUUGUAAAAUUAAUAAUAAAAAAGUUUUCCAUAUGGAUACAACUUACAGGGCCAUACUGUAUAUCAGCCGCUUUGUCUAUAAUAAUAUUAAAACUUACUAAGGCUUUCUGAAAUAUUACUAAUUCAUCAUAAAUUAAUGAAUAAUUGGCUUAAAAAAUUGACAUAAUUUAAAUAAUUUAUCGCUUUUUAAUUUUUUUGGGGGAGGGGGGAAAUUCGCUGCAAACCCUUGGCACCCUGUUCGGGUGCACGGCUCGCACGGCCCUCGGGCCGGCUCUGCUUCUGAGUUGAUUUUGAGAUAUCUUUAACUAGGGAGUUUUUGUAACUACGUAACGUAACGUAUCUCCCUAUACGUAAAGCACUAACGUACCGUAAGAAUGAUGAACGUUAAUAGGUAGUUUUUGUAACUGCCUAACGUAACGUAAAGUCAUUUUUAAAUUCCGUUGACAUUAAAAAAAUAAAACAAUGUUUACACAAUAUAGAUACAAUUAAUAUAUAAAUAUAAAAAAAAGGUAAAGGUGAAUGAUGAAAUUGUAUGGUUUUAAUUGCUUCUAUUUAAAUAUAAAAAUAUUAUUUUCCUCAGUUUUAAAUUUUUUAUUUUUGUUUAUACCUACUUUUUAGUUGUAAAUUAUUGUACCUACAUCAGAAUAAUUCCAGUAUAAUGUAAAUAGUUUGUUCAUAUUUAUUUGAAAUUUUUACUGACAUUAGACCAUUUGUUUAUCUAGUUAUUGAUCACUGUAUUUCUUAAAUACAAGAUUUGUUUGUUUUGCUUUAUUAAUAGACAACUUAAAAACAAUCAAAUUUUAAAUUAUGAAGUUCCAAUUUCCCAUAACAAACAUAGAAUAAUUUUACUCAAAUAGACUAAAUGAAUAUAACCUUAAACGUUUAUACACGGGCAAUCCUCUGAUACUCUGAUGAAAUGUUGAUUUGGUGAAUUUGGUAGGUAAUCGCCGUAAUCGGGUAAGAUCCGCUUGUGCAUUCGGUAACUUUCGUCUCGAUAGGUAUGCGUCUGAACGUACGUAUCAGAGCGUUACUUUAGGUAAUACGUAUCUAGAUACGGGAGUUCAACCAUUACUGCGCAAGCGUAUAUGUCAAAAAGAUGCGUUACGUUUACGUAUUUGUGUGCACAAAAACUCCCUACUGUCAUAAGUGUUACAAAAUUAUCUGUAUUUGUCUUUCAAUUCAAUAGGGCUUUUCAUCGAUUGUCAUUUGUUUCGAGCUUCUGUCAUAUGUUGUAUAAUCUGUGUAUAAUAUUAAUAUGCACGGAUUAUACGACAUAUGACAGAAGCUCGAAACAAAUGACUGAAUGAAAAGUCCUAUUCAUGUGGAAUAAUGAAAAGUGAUUAAAUCCGCAAAAAACAGAGCAGUAUUCUGGCCUGAUGCCAAAAUCUUUUGAUCUUCUGAUGUUUAUUAUUUGUAGGCAAAAUGAUUUAACAUCAUUGGGUGAAAAAUAAAACAAUUUGUAUAUUGUAAAUAAACUGUACAUAUAUUUAACAAUAAAUUACUGUUACAUAUUGAA